UAAAGAAAACUUAAAGAGAGUUUGUUACUAUUUUCCCCAUUUGUAGCGGUGACAUUUAUUUAAAUCUUGUAUAUUGUUUGUUUGUUUGUUUCCUAAAAGAGGAAAUUUGCAAAUUUUCCGGGUGAUGACUGGUGAGUCCGAGAGUUCGUCGCGAAUUCGUCUUUUAAUCCUGAAAGACUCUCCAAAGACCAAAUUCUAGCUAGAUCGUCAUUCAUCAAAACAGAUUCUUGUAGAAGCAGAUAGAGCACACUAUCUCUGCAAAAUUGGCUUCAAUCAGGGGCUUUGCGAUGUCUCUGUAUAAAUACAAUGGCGAUCUGUUAUCAGAGAGAAGAGACAUUAUCGGGACGGUUUUAAAGGCCAUCGGCCGUGGUCGUGUUGUUCGUCGGGGAAGUAGGUUUGGACGGAUUGUUGGCCGGAAAUUAUUGCAGAGGUUGGCAUUGCUUUCCGCUUUCUCUCUCGCAUGUUUCGCGUUCUUCGGCAUUAAAUUGAUGUUCGACGGCAAUGUGGAACCUAGUGUUGCAUUAUCACAGGAAGUACAACAGAAACUUCCAGGAUUGGAUGACACUGCAAAACCACCACCGAAGAAAAAGCGUGGAACACAUCUUCCUUGCAAAGUUGGGUUUGCAGAAUCGGUUGAUCACAUUAUUGAUCCCAAGGAGAUCAGAAAUUUUUCAAAAUUUUCAUUAGAGUACAUUAGGCAAGGGGAGGAGACCUUUCAAAGUGAUUUAUUUGAGCCCAGAUUUGGAGGAUAUCAAACCCUUGAGGAAAGAGAGAAGUCCUUCAAUGCUCGAAAUCAAACUGUUCACUGUGGUUUUAUCGAUGGACCACCUGGUACUUCCAGCACUGGAUUUGUUUUGGAUGAAAAGGACAAGGCAUUCAUGAAUACCUGUCAAGUAGUGGUAUCUUCUUGCAUUUUUGGGAACUCUGACUUUCUGAGGAGACCAACAAGCAAACAGAUGAGUGAAUUUUCCAAGAAAAAUGUUUGUUUUGUAAUGUUCGUUGAUGAGCAAACACUGUCCACAUUGUCUUCAGAUGGACAUAUUCCUGAUGAUGGAGGGCACAUUGGUUUAUGGAGAAUGGUCAUAGUCAGGGACUUGCCAUAUAAAGACCUGAGGAAAACAGGAAAGGUGCCAAAAUUUUUAUCUCAUCGCCUUUUCCCUUCUGCCAGGUAUUCAAUUUGGCUUGAUAGUAAGAUGCGGCUUAAUUCUGAUCCCAUGCUGAUCAUUGAACACUUUUUAUGGCGAACAAGAUCAGAGUAUGCCAUUUCAAACCAUUAUGAUCGUCACUGUGUUUGGGAUGAGGUUCUCCAAAAUAAGCGUCUAAAAAAGUUUGAUCCAACGGCCAUAGAUGAGCAGUUUACUUUUUACCAGUCUGAUGGCCUCACCAAGUUUGACCCUUUGGACCCAAACACUUUACUCCCAAGUUAUGUGCCUGAAGGUUCCUUCAUUGUCCGAGCUCAUACGCCAAUGUCAAAUUUAUUUUCGUGCUUGUGGUUCAACGAAGUUAAUCGAUUCACUUCACGUGAUCAAAUAAGCUUUGCAUAUACAUAUUUAAAACUGAGGAGAAUGAAUCCAGAUAGACCAUUCUACCUAAAUAUGUUCAAGGAUUGUGAACGCAGAGCACUUACGAAGCUUUUUGCACACCGGGCAAUGCACUAGCUUCCGCAUGCUACUUGAUCAAUUAAUUAUUUUGGCAUUAAUGCCUCACCUGGUUAUAGAACUUCAUGGUUGCACACGAUGGGCCUGAAUCAUAGUUGUGAGACUGUCACUUGGAUCUUCAUUGCUAGAAGAUUGAACAGCUCAAAAUUCAGUCAUUAAUGUGUUAAGUUUUCAGGAUUGGGGAAACCCACUUUACAUGGGCGUGCGUGGUAUACUAUGUCUUGGAGGAAAGCCCCUGAACUCAAAAAGCUUAAGCCAUUGAGUUGGGCCUCCUCCAUUUCUUAUAAACCACACUUCAAUCUUGCUAUUUUGCCCGAUGUGGGACUUGUUGCAGUGUGGUUCUCCAACUUGAUGUAAAUCAAGCUACAACUGGGAAAUCUGUGUUAAUAGAGAGUUAAGAAAAGUUACUUUCUCCAUA